AUGCCGAGAUACGGACAACUGGUAGUCGGGCCCGCGGGAUGUGGCAAGUCGACAUACUGCUCAACAAUUCAGAAACACUGUGAGACCAUCCAACGAGCUUGUCGUGUAGUUAACCUGGAUCCUGCGGCCGAGUACUUCGAGUACACUCCAUCGGCUGACAUACGCGAUCUUAUUCAGGUUGACGAUGCAAUGCAAGAUGAUGAGCUGCAACUUGGACCUAACGGGGGUCUCAUAUUCUGUAUGGAAUACCUCUGCCAAAACUUCGGUUGGCUUGACGAGGCUCUGGGGGAGGCCGAGCUUGACUACAUCCUCUUCGAUUGUCCAGGGCAAAUUGAACUGUACUCACAUCUGCCAGUAAUCCCACGGUUGGUAGAACACCUGCAGCGGAAGUGGGACUUUCACAUUGUCAGCGUUUUCAUCCUGGACGCUCGUUUCCUUGUGGAUGGGUCACACUUUCUCUCGGGGAUUCUCUCUGCCCUUGCGGCAAUGGUUUGCCUCGGAACUCCCCACAUCAACGUCAUGACCAAACUAGAUAUGCUUUCAGAAAACAAACAAAAACUGGUUUGCGCUCGAUACCUACAACCCGAUUUGGAUGACCUUUGCGAAGUAUCGGAUGACGAGACAAAUGGUGAACAUUCUUCUCCUCCUCGAAAAUUCGCUCGCCUCACGCGGAUGCUGGCUGGUGUUGUGGAACGCUACAGUUUAGUCCAAUUCCAGCCUCUCAACAGGGAUAAGGAGGAUACUAUAGAGGAUCUUCUCUUCCAAAUCGACCUUUGUCUCCAAUACGGUGAAGAUAACGAACCAAUGAAUCGCAACAGGUUCGCUGCUCUUGCGGUCAAGGCCGCAAUGGCAACCGCGUUACUCUAUUUGGUUGAGUUCAUGUUGAGACGGGCAACGCUAGCUCUAGACAGACAUGAGCGCUUAAGAGGACUAGUUCUUCUACUGGAGACGCUUGCUCACGCUUUAACAGGAGUGGUGUUUUGGACGGUCGCAGCACUUCAGCUUCCUGGGCCGCAGCCAUUUCGUCACCUGGUGGAAUCGGCGUGUUAUGCCGCAAUUGUUGCCGUUGUCGUCGACAUCGAUCACUUUAUUGCUGCUGGGAGUCUCUCCAUACAAGCUGCUCGAUCUCUCUCAGGACGUCCAUUUUUCCAUUGGACGGGUCUCCUCAUUUGUACCGGGAUGGCCCUUAUUGUCUGGAGUUCGAUUGUCCGACUGUGCUUUCCCAAUCCAUCUCGUUCUUUAAGGCUAACGGUAGCUCUGGGCUGGGUCACCCUGGUUGCCUGGGCCUCGCAUCAACUGCGCGACUCUCUUCGGCGUGGCCUGUGGCUGUGGCCACCUCCCCAUCCCCUUGUUUCGCCCCCAAACCACGUCAGCACGCCUCCUCUUCCCCUUACUCUCACAUACCCGUUGGGCCUGACCGUUAUUCUCAGCAUCCUGCACUUUGCUCCACCCAGCCUGACCGAGUGUGCUCCCUUUUCACUGUUGUUUUAUCAUGAUUUAAAUAAAGUGUCAAAUGUUUGA